AUGGAGCCCCCGAAGCUGGUCCUCCACCAUGUGGGCGUCAGCCAGCGUGGGACCAUCAUGGCGGCACUGUCACCAAACGACCGCGGGGAGGCCACGCGCUUUGAGGAAUAUGUGCGAACGGCGCCGUUCGCACCCUUCAUGCGCGAGGUGCUCCACGUGAUCGAGGAGGAGCUUGGCCUGACUUCUUACCACCUUCGGGUGCUUCCCUGGCCGGGCGCUGCCACCGAUCUUCCCGCAGCGGCUUCCGGGGAUGAACCCCUGGCCCUCUUCUUGCUGACAGAGGGCGCGCGGCCUGUCUGCGAAGCGGCGGCGGCUGCUGGUUUCUUGGUCUACGUGGCGGGGACGAACGCCGUGGUGCGCUUCAUUCCUGCGAUGCCCAACGCCGAUGAUCUGGAUGCCCCGAUCAUCUACCAGGAUGCCUCUGGGAAGCACGUGGAGGUGCCGGGCCUCACGUUGCGGAGUUGCCUGAUCCGCGGGGAGGAGCCCGAGGCUAUCGUCCGAUGCAGCCUCGACUUCCAGGGCAGAUCUUGCUACGUGGUGGUGAUGGCGCCGAACUCCCGAGCCUCCCUCGCUGCGAGCAAGAACAGCGAAGUCGUGCGCAGGCAGAGCGAGCUCGAUGAUGAGGAGCUGGCGACCUUUUGGCGCGUUGGCGCUGAGGCGUCCGAAAGCCACGGCGGCUUCGAUGAGAUGCACCUGAACGCCGGCAACUUUCAGAACGUCGCGCACAUGCACCUCAAGGUCUGGAUUGAUCUCACGAAGUUCGAGUCCCUUUGGUCUGGCCAGGACGUCUACGAAAAGCUGUACGCGGAGCGCAAGCGGCGCGAGAAGCCCAAGAAAGGCGCCCCGGCAGAGGCGGCUCCGGCGGAGGAAUUGGACGAGGAGCUGGCAGCAGCCAUUGCACUGUCAAUGGAGCAGAGCUAG